AUGUCUGUGUGUGGCUAUAAAACCAUCGUUUUCUUUGACCUGGAGACCACUGGGUUAGGUAAGUCUGAUUGACUGUCUUUAAGUCUUUAUAAAUGUCUGUCUCUAAGUUAAAAAUGUACUUUAUACGCUGUCAUCUAUCUAUUUAAAGCUCCUGUAAGGGGUUUUCUGACUUGUAUGAAAUAGAUUUAGAUUUGUUCUGAUGCCUUUUUGUGGUCUCCAAAAUCAAACAGGACCAUUGGGAAGACACUGGAAAUGUGUGUUUGUCAUUUUUAAUGCCUGUAACUAGUUUGAGGGAGAAACAGUCCAGUUUCUAUUAUGUCCACAUGAAAAAUUCUGAUUCAUUUGACCGUCAAAAGUCAGCAGAAGAAAUCAGAUCUUCGAGCCCAAAGAUACUAUUUUCAGGACAGGAUAAGUAAAGACUGCUUUGACCACAGGGGGGGGGGGGCAAAAUUGACACAUCCAGGAAGUUCCUCAGUCAAACUAAAGCAGCAAAUUUAAGUUUCAUUAUUAAAACCUUAUUGUACCGAGGCCCUGAGGUGCAAAACACAACAACAACAAUAACAACAACAAAAAAACAGGAAACACAACGGCAAAAGAGAAAACAAAAUGGUUAAUGUGGGUGUGUUUUCUUAUUUGCCGUUGUGUUUUCUCUUUUUGGGUUGUGUUUUUUUUUUUUGGUUAGGUUCGGUUGAAUUUAUUGUCUUCAUGAGGAAAUUUAUUUGCAGCAAGUUGAGAAAGACAUACAGACAAACACAUAAGACGAAAGCCAUACACAAAUUCAUACACUGUCCCACAUAAAAACAAACAACUCGUGAAAGACAAUACAGGAAAGACAAUAUAAAAAUACCACUGUACUGUACUUUGUCAAACAAAAAGUAAAUAAGUGAUAAAGUAUUCCUAUAAAUAGUGUAAUAGUUAAUAUCUGCUCAGAACAGCUGAGCCAGAAUCUAAAAAUAAAAACUGCUCACAGUUAUUUUAGUUUCUUUGUUUUCUGAUUUGCCGUUGUGUUUUGCACCUCAGGGCCACCGUACUUUUGUCAUAAUCACUCAGAUUAUAAAGACAUUGGACAUGCAGAUCUCCAGUUUGUGAAGAAAACGAUGAUUUCAACUUUUUUUUUACACAGUUAACAUUUUGAUCUUGUUUUUCUGUCCUCAUUCAACCCAAACCUUCUUUCAUUUCAGACACAAGAAGGUGUGAGAUCACCCAGCUGUCUGCAGUCUGUGGAGAGAGGGUCUUUAACGUCUACAUCCUCCCUGAGGGCCAGAUUGAUCAGGAGACUUCAUACAUCACAGGUAUCACAGUCGAUGAUGGCGUCAUGUAUCUCAAGGGGGAACGUGUAGAAACCACCCCCCUGGCCGAAGCCCUCUCCUCCUUCAUUGCCUUCCUGCGAUCUUUCCACCUCCCUGUGCUGCUGGCGGCGCAUAAUGUCAACUGUUUUGGCGCACGAAUAUUCGGAAGAUUGCUGCCACAGAUGUCCCUGCAGGAGGAGUUCCUGCAGGUGGUGUCAGGGUACCUGGACACCCUCCCCUUGAGCCGAGAUCUUUAUCCAGAUCUGGAGAAACAUAGAUUGAAGUAUUUGGUGAUACACUUCCUGGGGAUGCCCCAUGAAGCCAACAAUGCUGUGGAGGAUGCUAAGAUGCUGCAGGAGCUGGUCAAUAUGUGGAGACCACCAGGAGAGGCCAUCCAGAGAUCCAUCAUAGCACCAGUCUGA